AUGGAUUCCUUGCACCUCAUACUUUGCCUUUUAAACGUAUUUUCAUCUUACACCGCCACCAUGCUAAAUGUUGUUACAAUCCACGCCAUAAGAAAAACUCCUUCAUUGUCAAAAAACUUAAAAACAUUGCUCCUUAGUCUGGCUGUUUCUGAUCUUGGCGUUGGAAUAACAGCUCAACCGUUAUAUGUUGCAAAACUUAUCAUCGACUCGAAGGACAACAACGAAAUUAGUACGGAGCCUCAAAAUGCUAUCUACACAGCUUGUCUUAUCCCAACGCAUUUAUUUUGUUUCGCUACUUUCUUUAUCGUCACUGUUCUCUGUGCAGACAGAUUCAUGGCAAUUCAUUUUUAUUUCCGAUACCAAACCCUUGUGACACACAAGCGUGUUGUUGCUGUAGUUGUCUCAGUUUGGGCAGUCAGUGCAGUUUUUCCAUUGGUGAGGCUGUUGGUUCCAUGGAAUAUAAUGUACGCGGUUUUUGGCAUUAGUGAAUCUGCUUGUAUUAUAGCUGCGACUUUCUUCAGUGUCAGAAUCUAUUUGUCCGUGCGACGUCACUUAAACGAACGACAAGUGCUUCAACUACAACAAGCACCACAGACCGGACAAAUUAUUAACACUGAAAGGCUGAGGAAGUUUGCGAUCAUGGCAGUUCACGUCUGUCUCAUAUUGAUGGUUUGUUAUUUGCCAAUCAGUGUCGUAUUAGUUUAUGUAGUUACCUCUGGAUCAAACAAUGUUAAAACGCAUUUACUGUUAAACUUUGGCCUGACGCUAGUGUUUGUGAAUUCAUCGCUUAACCCACUGAUCUACUGUUGGAAGGUAAAACACAUACGACACACCAUCAUCGGCUUAUUACGAAAUGCAGUUUCAAAGCACAACUGAGGAAAGUUUCAGAACAUUGCAGCUGGACUACAAACAAAACAACUUUGACAUCGUAUUAAAGAACACGUGACAUAAAGCGAACAGCUUAAAUUCUUCUAUAGUGUAAUUCUGUUCAUUUUGGGGCAGUUUGACAACAUUUGAAACAUCAGUUUUUUAGAAAUUAUUCACGAAAAGUAUACUUCUCAGGUAACAUAGAAAUCACCAGAAUGUCUCAGAUGAAGACAGAAAUAAUCCCAGUGGUCGUAAGUGCGUUAGAAGUGAUUAAGACAGGCUCAGAGAAGUUCGUCAGCGAAAUUCGAUGAAAUAUCAAUUUCUGGGAAAUUCAAAAGACAGCAUUGCUACGGAUAAUAAUAAUAAUAAUAAUAAUAAUAAUAAUAAUUAAAACAAAACUUUAUUCAUAGAUUUAAAAAAAAAAUAGACUAUUUACAGAUUCAAAAAUAUGAAAUAUUAAAAUAUAUACCCUAUGUACAUUUUUCUUGUCUACGAAAGAGAAUUGUUGUAAAAUGACUAUCUAAAGACUACUAAUAACAAUUAUAAAAAGCAUCAAAAAGUUGAUAAAAAAAAAUAAAAACUAUUUAAAAAUAAUAAUUCAAACUGAUAAAAAGUUACUACUUAAAUUCUGGCUUGCGCACUUUCCGAUGUAAUAAUAAUAAUAAUAAUAAUAAUAAUAACAAUAACAAUAAUAAAACAGUUCCGAAACCUAUCUCAGUUUGUCGUUGUCGCCGCCGUGGCUGCUUACGUUCCGUAAUGGUGACAAGGCGUCGCCGAAACGUGAUGCUUUAAUAGCGCCACACAAAAUCUUGCGUUAGCAGAAUAUUUUCAUAACAUCUUCAAAAAUGACGUAACUGUCAAAGGUAAAAUGAUCGAACAAAUUUACAAGAAAUUAAGCUGAGGAGAAUUUAAACAAAACCUCCCGUUUUCUAAUUUCCACAAUUGUCAUAGAAACAAGCAAGACAUCUGUUCAGCCACUUAGAAAAGGAAAUGUUUUACCCUGGCUUAGUUUAAGAUAAUUUUUAGUCAAACUACUAGCCAAAGGCUAGAUUACUGGACGUCUUGGAACUAUCUACACAUUUCUCAGUCACCAUCGUAGCUUUUACGAGAGCAGUCCACAGAAAGGCAUUCUACUCAAUGAAUUUCUGGAAGAUUAGAAUUUGGCUGGCUUCAGCAUAAAACCGAAGGGAGCAACAAAUGGAUUCCUCGUCCUUAGUAUUAUGCCUUUUAAACGCGUUUUUAUCUUACAUCAUCACCAUGCUAAACAUCGCUACAACCCUCAUCGUUGUGAAAAAAAAUUAAAAACACUGCUUCUUAUCUUAGUGUUGGUUUGUUGAGUCAGGCAAUGUUUGUUACAUAUCUUAUUGUGAAAUCGAAACAAAAGAAUAGAACGUCCAAGUUUCUUAAUGACAUCCGUAUUGCGUUUCUUACUCCGACGAAUUUAUCUGCUUAAUCUACAUUGUUCCUCAGCAUCGUUUUGAGUACAGAGAGAUUCGCGUGUAUUUAUUUUUGCCUCAGAUACCAAGAACUUGUGACGCACAAACGCGUUGUUGCUGUAGUUGUCUAACAGCUUUUCUCUUCGACCUUACAAAUUGCAAAUGAAAGGAUAUUCACCCGGUUAAUUUGGGGGCUUGUGGCUAUUAAAUGCUAAACACCCUAACAAAAUUUAUUGAUACAACUGCUUUUACAUAUAUCAAUGAUUACAGCGCAAACUCUCUUGUUUCCUUAGAAAGGAAAGAAUGUGCAAAACACCUUGGUGUCCUUAUUGAUUCAAAAUUAUCUUGGACGCAUCAUAUCACAUAUAUUUCUACCAAAAUCAGCAAAUCAUAAGGUACUCUUGCAAGACUAAGGCAUUUUGUCCCUUCUUCCACUUUAUUAAACACAUAUCGUUCUCUUGUACAACCUUACUUGUCCUAUGGUAUAGCCUUCUGGGGCCAAGCUCACGCCUGCUCCCACAAAUUUGGAGAAAAUUUUGAUUCCUCAAAAACGUGCCCUUGGAUUGAUUCACUUCAAACCCUUUAGGUUCCACGCUGUACCUCUGUUCAAAUUGUCUAAUGUUCUUCCUCUUAAUUUUCUUUAUUUUACAACAAUCUGCCUUAUUAUGCACGAUGUAUCCAAUAAUGUAACACCUCCAAACGUUUCCAAGUUAUUUACUUAUUCUUCAAAAGUACGUCAUCACAAUACACGAUUUUCCGCGGCUGGCAAUUUUUACAUUAAGUACUCGAGAACUGACCAUAUGAAGAACUCCUUUUCAAGAAUUGGUGCAAAAAUAUGGAAUUGUAUUCCCGACAGUAAUCGUGCUCUACCUAAAUAUAAAUUUAAGAAUACCCUACAGAGUCGGCUGCUGGAUAUUUUGUUACUGGAGGAUACUUAUGUUGGCGUGCGUACUUUAAUUGACAUAUUUAGUAAAUAUUAUUUUUUUUUAUCUGUUUAAAUGUUCUCAAAACAUAGCCAAGAAAAGUCUUAAUGAUGCUGACAGUUUUAUUUUUUAGUUUAAUUUCACUCAUACCUUGUUUCAUUUACCUAUUUUGAAGCAUAUGUAUUCACUGUCUAGUUGAUUCAAUAUGUUGAUGUUCGUUUAUCUGGUUAACUUUAUUAAUAGUUAUGCUUCAACCCUAUUAUUGUAAUUUUUUUACUUUUCCUUCCCGCCUCGAUUAACUAUAGGCUACUUUGCGGAUUAAUUAUGGCUUGUAUCAAUAGUGUUUUCAAUAAAUUAAACUUGAACUUACACUUGAAGUAUGCCAUCUUACCAGAUAUUCUGGUGAAUUUUAACUUAAAAUACACAUUAGUGAAGUAAUCAAGGGAAUAGAUGAAAUUAUCCAAAUCGAGCACAAAAAUAAUUAUCAAAAGAGGGAUGUCGCAAUCCAUUAUUUGCUUAUACUUUUAUGACCGAGUCAGAGAUCAGCAUCUCUCCUUUUUGCACCAAUAUCUUUGGGCAGUUUUGUUACAUUUCCUUUUUAAACGAUUUGGUUUCAAGCGCCGCAACUAUCUAAAAAAAGUCAACAAAUGGAUUACUUGCAUCUCACGUUUUGCGUAUUCAACGCGUAUUUGUCCUACACCGCCACCAUGCUGAACAUUGUAGCAAUCUACGCGAUCAGAAAGACUUCGUCUUUGUCUAAAAAUUUAAAAACAUUGCUCCUGAGCCAAGCUGUUUCUGAUCUUGGUGUUGGUUUACUAGUUCAGCCAAUGGUUGUUGCACAAGCUAUGAACUCAAAACGAAACAGUGAAACGCGUCUUAUCCCGACGAAACUCUUGAUCUUUGCGACGAAUCUCUUCAUCUUUGCGACAUUGUUUAGUGUCACGGCUCUCUGUGCAGACAGAUUUUUGGCAAUUCACCUUAACCUCAGAUACCAGGAACUUGUGACAUACAAGCGCGUUGCCGCUGCCGUGAUCUCAAUUUGGGUGAUAAGCGCACUUAUUUCAAUGAUCAGAUUAUUCCUUCCAUGGCACAUUAUGUACGUGAGUUUCGUCAUUACUGAAUCAGCCUGUAUUAUAACUGCAACUUCUCUGAGCGCCAAACUUUACCUAACUAUAAGACGCCACAUAAACCAAAUUCAAGUCCCGCAAGUAGCGCAGAAUGACCAAGGAGAAAGUGUUCAAAGAAAAAGGAAAUCUGCGAUGGCAUCGCUUUACGUGUAUCUGGUUUUCAUAGUUUGCUACUUGCCUGAUAUUUGUGUGUUAAUUAUUGACGCUUCCAUUUCCGAACCAAGGAACGAUCUACAGCAUUUGCAGUUUUAUACAGUGACCCUGUUGUUCCUGAAUUCAACCAUUAACCCACUAAUCUACUGUUGGAAGAUGAAACGCAUCCAGCACACUAUUGUAGGCGCACUUCGAAAUCUUUUUUCAAGUCACACCUAGAGAAAGCUCCACCAUAGACUAUGACGAACAGAGGACUAAGAAAGCCUUAUACGGUCAUCCUUAUACGGUCUGUAACUAAAUGAAGCUAUGCCACUUAAAUGCUUUGCGAAUUACCCCACAUGUUAUUUCCAUGACACAAUCCACGCUGUCUUCAUUCAGCUUUUAAACGUCCUUAUGCAAAGUUUUAGUUAAAAAAAUUCAUUACUUUUAUAAAAUGAACCUUUAAAGGCGCGAGUGACACACUUCACAGUGUCUUAGUGAUGCAAGAGUGAGCUAGCUUACUACGAGCUAAAUGCCUUGAGUUUCUUCUUCAUAUAACCUUUUCACUGUGUUAAAACCUAACAACAUUUAAUUCGUCAUGAAGCAAAGGUUUUGCUGAAAUAGACCUUAACUAAGAUGAUAUAGUUAUGCCAUUACCAUACAAUUUAAGUGCACGAGAUUAUUCUCAAUGAUAGGAGGGCGAGAAAGUAUGAUAAAAAAAAAAACUUUUUUCUAAAACUGUUCACGUUUAGAACCCUUAAGAUUUUAUGGUUUAACUGUUUUCGUCUCAAAAAACAUAUGUAUUGUCAAAUCCGUCUUGGUCUCUUGUACUGUUUUGCAGUGCUUUUUAUUGUUAUUUCAGAAAGCAACAUUUCACCAAGGAUAAUAAUGAAAAGAAAAGCCACGGCCGUACAAAAGAAACCACCCUAUACCUCCGUCUAAAGACAUGCUGAAAAUUUGCCCAGAAACGAGAAUAUCAAACUUCAACUAGCCUGCGAGGAAGCUCUCUUUUUUGGGCGAGACGCGAGAAUUCACGCGAGAGCAGCACGCGUAAGGAGACGCGGGCGCGAGGGGCGGGGUAAGAGGCGCGUUCUCUCGCGACUAGCUUUGCUUUCUUGCUGGCUAAACUUCGACAGCUGUCUUGCGCGCUAUUCAUUUUCAUGACAAUUUCGAUCGAUCGUGGAACCUUAACGCUUUUCGCGGUUUACAACCUUUAUUGAUUAUUGUUACUAUAUUUUCACUUCCAUUCUGACGUAGAAAGGUCUGAAAUUAUAGCUUCCAACAAGAGCCUGAAUCAGAGAGGGAGUUCGUGAAUAUAACGCGCUCUCAACUAAACAUGAAUUGUUGGUGCCAGUUUCAUAGUAGAAUUGGGUAGCAAAUGAAUUUCACCUUAACAACAACAAGAAAAGAAAUAGUUUUUAAGCCCGCUUGCGUUUAAUGGUUGGGUGCAAAACCAACGAAAAACUCUCCACUAAUAGUUUUUGCUGUCGAGCUUAAAAAUUGCAAAUGCAACGCAAAUCCAUGAAAGAUUUGGGGAACCACAUGACAUGUAAAUUAAACAGCUGAAAUUUUCCAAGUUGGUUAUUUAAAGCCUACUCUUAUCCUCUUUCUGCAAACUAAAUAUUAUUUUUUAGACACUACAUUUUGUGAAAAAUACCAAAAAUUUCACCAACUUUAAGAGAAGAAAACACUUUGUAACUCCUUCAAUAGGGACUAAAAACUCUCAAUGAGAAGCCCUCAUGUUAACGCCAUAAAUUAGAAGUCUUUCAUUUUACAUCGCUUUAUUUUUACUGUCAAUUAAAUCGGCAAGAAUACUAACAAGGAAAGUUUUUUCUUAAAUAUUUCAUUCGACCGCAACAUGCCAUUUUACAGCAAAUUUUAAUGAACAUAGAGCAUAUGGAGCAUACACAAGACAGAAGGACAGUUGUCCUUUUUCGCAUUUCGUUCACUCGGACGCGAUAUGGCCAUAUAGUGGCCCCAAUAAUGAAAAAAAAAACUUCAAAUAUGACUUAACUGUCAAAGGUAGGAAAAACGGUGGAGCAAGUUUCCUGUGUUUUAGUUGAAGUUAAUUUAAACAAAACUUCCUGUUUUUAAAUUGGUAUAACGCUAAUAAAAAAAAGACGAUUUUGAAAAUAACCAAGGGAUCUAUUCUGACACUUUGACCAGCAAUAUACUUAAUGAUUAGUACUUUUAUCCUACACCGCCACCAUGCUAAACAUUGCAAAAAUCCACUCGAUAAGAAAAACUCCGACCUUGUCAAAGAAUUUAAAAACAUUGCAUUUGAGCCUGGCUGUUUCUGAUCUUGGUGUUGGAUUACUAACUCAGCCAAUGGGAACUCUAGACUCAAGAACACAAACAAAUUGGGGGAAAAUGGGUCAGUUUCGAAUUAUCAAAAUUCAUACUUGGCUCGGAGGCUGCAGGGAAUAAAAGAGAAUAGAAUUGAGUAGCAAAUGAAUUUCAUCUCAACAAUAACAACAACAAAGAAAUACUUCUUAAUCCCGCUUGCGUUUAAAGGUGGGGUGCAAAACCAAACAUAAACUGUCCACUAAUAGUUUAUGUCGUCGAUAUUACAAUUGCAAAUACAGCACAAGUUAAUCAAAAAGUUAGGAAACCAUAUGAUAUGUAAAUUAAACAGCUGAAAUUUUCCGAGUUGGUUAUUUAAAACCUACUCUUUGCUAAGUAUUAUUUUUUAGACGUGUGAAAAAUAUCAAAAAUUUCACCACCUUGAAAGAAACACUUUUAACUCCUUCAACAGGGACUGUAAACUCUAAGGGCCUGUUUACAUGGAGGUGAGGGACCCCAGGUAGGUGAGGUAACCCGCUUAGGUGGGGUAACCCGCCUGUCCAUAUAAUUUCUCAUUUUCAUUUGAUCACGUUUACAUGAUAGGUGGGGUGACCCGCCAAGGCGGGUAACCCGGUCUACCAGACCGGGUUACCCUCUCAGCCGGGGUCACAAUUUGUCAUGUAAACGUUUCAAGGUGGGGUAACCCGCCUGGCCGGGGUCGGAUUCGUGAUACAUCAAAUUCGCGCAAAAUUCACUUUCGCGGUGUCUUUGCAUUAUGAUUAAAGUUAACAAUAGAAAGCUAUUGCACUGACGGGUUGCAGCAAGAGCAACAAGUGAGUGAAGAAGUGCAUUAAUCCCCAAACCCGUGGUUUGCCAGCAUUUUUCUUGUUUACGUGCUUAGCGACCAUUCAAUAACCUUGAGAAAGUGCACCCCGGGAAGGCGGGGUUGUAAGAUUGCAUGUAAAGGAGGGUUAUUUUUUUACCUCACCUAAGCGGGUUACCUCACCUACCUGGGGUCCCCCACCUCCACGUAAACAGGCCCUAAAUGAAAAGCCCUUACGUUAACGCCAAAAACUAGAAGACUUUAAUUUUGAAAUAUAAGGUUAUUAAGCCUUAACAUGUUCAUCAAAAUUAAAUGGGCUAACAGACUAACGAGGAAGAAUUUUUUUUUUAAUAUUUCAAUCGACCACUUUUUGUCCCAAAUAAUAAGCAACAUGUCAUUUUGCAGUAAAUCCUAAUAACUUUCUUUUAAAAUACAGCAUAUUGAGCAUACACAAGGGUGAAGGACAGUUUUGUCCUUUUUCGCAUUUCGCUCCUUCCGAUGCAAUAUAGCCAUAUAACGGCCACAAUAAAGAAAAAAAAACUUCAAGUAUGACUUAACUGUUAAAGGUUGGAAAAAUGGAGGGGCAAGUUUCCUGUGUUUCAGUUGAAGUCACUUUAAACAGAACUUCCUGUUUUUAAAUUGGUAUGAAGCUAACAAAAACACAUAACGAUUUUACAAUUUGCCUUGAAAAUAACCAAGAGAUCUAUUCUGACACUUUGACCAGCAAUACGCGAUGAUCUGUCGCCGCGUCAUUGUGUUAAGAUGAAAUGUUUCAUAGUGGCCCAGUUAAAAAGGAAAUUAGUCAAACUGCUUAUCAAAUGCUACCCUAUUGAAAGUCGUGGGGUUCUAAAAAUAAGUCAAUCUGCUUCCAAACGCUGGUAGAGGAAGUCCACGAAACUGAUUCUACUAAAUUCAUAAAAGAUCAAACUCUUGCAUCAUCUGAUAGGACUUUAACUGGCUGCAGCACAACUCCAAGACAAAUGGAUUCCUCCUAUCUCGUAGUUUGCCUUUUAAAUGCAUUUUUAUCCUACACCGCCACCAUGCUAAACAUUGUUACAAUCCACGCCUUAAGAAAAACUCCGUCCUUGUCAAAGAAUUUAAAAACAUUGCUCCUUAGUCUGGCUGUUUCUGAUCUUGGUGUUGGUUUGGUGGUGCAACCUUUGUAUGUGGCACUUUGUAUUAUGGAGUCGAAGCUAAACAUUGAAACUAGCAAAACGUAUAAUGCCAUCAACCUAUCGCUUCUUCUUGCGGCGAAUUUAUUUAUUUCCGCUACGCUGUUUCUCGUCAUUGUUCUUUGUGCAGAGAGAUUUAUAGCCAUUCAUUAUUACCUUAGAUAUCAAGAACUUGUGACACACAAGCGAGUUGUUGCUGUUGUCGUCUCAACUUGGGUAUUAAGCGGACUGCUUUCGCUGGUGAGGCUGUUGAUCCCGAGGAGUAUUAUGUACGUGGUUUUUGGCAUUGCAACACUUGCAUGUAUUAUAGCGGCCACUUUCUUCAGUGUCAGAAUUUACUUGUCCGUGCGACUUCACGUAAACGAAAUACAAGUGCUGCAGCUACAACAUGCACCACAGAACGCUCAGAUGGUUAACGUUCGAAGGAUGCGAAAGUUUGCGAUGAUGUCAGUUUACGUUUGCCUCGUUUUAAUGGUUUGCUAUCUGCCAAACAUUUGUACACUCUUUACUAUUGCCGUCACUUCUACACCAAGCGCUGGCAUAAAGCAUUUAAAGUGUUACACUCUGACACUGGUCUUCCUUAAUUCGUCGCUUAAUCCUGUGAUCUACUGCUGGAAGAUGAAACACAUCCGACACACGAUCAUUGGCUUAAUACGAAAUGCAUUUACGAAGCAAAACUGA